GUCGACGUGUCAGGAAACGGUCGGACGGACUAAAGAAGCCUGGUUGGACGGACUAAAGAAGCCUGGUCGGACGGACUAAAGAAGCCCGGACGGACGGACAAAAUAAGCCCGGUCGGACGGACUAAAGAAGCCCGGUCGGAUUAUCGAAUAAUAGUUUUGAAAUACGUUUUUAUCUACUGUUAGAUAGCUUCUUCGCAAUGUUGACCAAAUUCGAGACCAAGUCGGCCCGUGUGAAAGGGCUAAGUUUCCACCCUAAGCGGCCCUGGAUCCUUGCAAGUCUUCACAAUGGAGUCAUCCAGUUGUGGGACUAUCGAAUGUGCACUCUGAUUGACAAGUUUGAUGAGCAUGAUGGCCCUGUCAGGGGAAUCGAUUUCCACAAGCAGCAGCCUCUGUUUGUGUCUGGAGGAGAUGACUACAAAAUCAAGGUGUGGAACUACAAACUGCGGCGUUGUCUCUUCACUCUUCUGGGACACUUGGACUACAUCCGCACCACAUUCUUCCAUCACGAGUAUCCUUGGAUUCUGAGUGCCUCGGAUGACCAGACCAUUCGCAUCUGGAACUGGCAGUCCAGGACCUGUGUCUGUGUCUUGACCGGGCAUAAUCACUAUGUGAUGUGUGCUCAGUUCCACCCCUCUGAGGACCUGGUGGUAUCAGCCAGCCUGGACCAGACUGUGCGCGUGUGGGAUAUCUCUGGUCUGAGGAAGAAGAACCUCUCACCCGGCGCCGUGGAGACGGAGGUGCGCGGCAUCUCUGGCGUGGAUUUGUUCGGAGCGUCCGAUGCUGUGGUCAAACACGUGCUUGAGGGUCAUGACCGUGGGGUCAACUGGGCCGCUUUCCAUCCCAGCAUGCCUCUCAUUGUGUCUGGGGCUGAUGACAGACAGGUCAAGAUCUGGAGGAUGAAUGAGUCCAAGGCGUGGGAGCUGGAUACCUGCAGGGGUCACUACAACAACGUGUCCUGUGCCGUCUUCCACCCCCGUCAGGAGCUCAUCCUCUCCAACUCCGAGGACAAGAGCAUCCGUGUGUGGGACAUGUCCAAACGGACUGGAGUCCAAACCUUCCGCAGGGACCACGACCGCUUCUGGGUGCUCGGGGCUCACCCCAACCUCAACCUAUUCGCUGCUGGUCAUGACAGUGGUAUGCUGGUGUUUAAGCUGGAACGGGAGCGCCCAGCCUAUGCUGUGUACGGCAACAUGCUCUACUAUGUCAAGGACCGCUUCCUUCGCCAGCUGGAUUUUAACAGCAGCAAGGACACCGCUGUUAUGCAGCUGCGCAGUGGUUCAAAGUUCCCAGUUUUUAGCAUGUCUUACAACCCUGCAGAGAAUGCUGUCCUGCUCUGCACUAGAGCAACCAACUUGGAGAACAGCACCUAUGACUUGUACUCCAUCCCCAAAGAGAGUGACUCCCAGAACCCUGAUGCUCCAGAGGGGAAGAGGUCCUCUGGUCUAACUGCAGUUUGGGUCGCCAGGAAUCGGUUUGCUGUUCUAGACCGCAUGCACUCACUCCUGAUCAAGAACUUGAAGAAUGAGAUUGUGAAAAAGGUGCAGGUCCCAAGCUGUGAGGAGAUCUUCUAUGCGGGGACAGGCUCCUUGCUGCUGCGCGACGCCGACGGGGUCACCCUCUUCGAUGUGCAACAGAAGCGCUCGCUGGCCACCGUCAAGAUCGCCAAAGUCAAGUACGUGGUGUGGAGCGCCGACACCAGCCACGUGGCCCUGCUGGCUAAACACGCCAUUAUGAUCUGCAACAGGAAGCUGGAGAGUUUGUGUAACAUCCAUGAGAACAUCCGCGUGAAGAGCGGAGCCUGGGACGAGAGUGGAGUCUUCAUCUACACCACCUCCAACCACAUCAAAUAUGCCCUCACCUCCGGUGAUCAUGGUAUCAUCCGGACUCUGGAUCUACCCAUCUACGUGACUCGGGUCAGAGGGAACAGUGUGUACUGUCUGGACCGUGAGUGCAGACCCCGCGUGCUGACCAUCGACCCCACAGAGUACCGCUUCAAACUUGCCUUGGUCAACCGCAAGUAUGAGGAGGUGUUGCACAUGGUGCGUAAUGCCAAGCUGGUUGGCCAGUCGAUCAUUGCGUACCUGCAGAAGAAGGGAUACCCUGAGGUGGCCCUGCACUUUGUCAAGGAUGAGAAGACCCGCUUUAGUCUGGCUUUGGAGUGUGGCAACAUUGAGGUGGCGCUGGAGGCUGCCAAGGCUCUGGAUGAGAGGGGCUGCUGGGAGAGGCUGGGUGAAGCAGCGCUGCUGCAGGGACACCACCAGGUGGUGGAGAUGUGCUACCAGAGGACCAAGAACUUUGACAAGCUCACCUUCCUCUACCUCAUCACUGGCAACCUGGCCAAGCUCCGCAAGAUGAUGAAGAUAGCUGAAAUCAGGAAGGACAUGAGCGGACACUACCAGGGUGCCCUGUAUCUGGGCGACGUCAGCGAGAGAGUCCGCAUUCUUAAGAACUGUGGCCAGAAGUCUCUGGCAUACCUGACUGCUGCCACCCACGGGAUGGACGAGGAGGCAGAAGCCCUGAAGGAGACCUUUGACCUAGAGAAGGAGACAGUCCCUGAGGUUGACCCUAAUGCCCAGCUGCUGCAGCCACCACCUCCCAUCAACCCCCUGGAUACCAACUGGCCUCUGCUCACUGUGUCCAAGGGCUUCUUCGAGGGCGCCAUCGCAGCCAAAGGGAAGGCUGGCCAGAUGGCUGCGGACAUGGACGUGGAAGCCCCAGGUGGAGAGGGCUGGGGAGAGGAUGCUGAGCUCCAGCUGGAUGAAGAUGGUUUCAUGGAUGCCCAGGAUGCGUUAGGGGAGGAAGGUGUGGCGAAGGAGGAGGGAGGAGGCUGGGAGGUGGAGGAGGAUCUGGACCUGCCUCCAGAACUGGAGUUGCCAGGUGGUGCCGGAGGAGGUCCUGAAGAUGGUUUCUUUGUCCCUCCCACCAAGGGCAUGAACCCCACCCAGCUGUGGUGCAACAACUCCCAGCUCCCUGUUGACCACAUCCUGGCCGGUUCCUUUGAGACCGCCAUGAGGCUGCUCCAUGACCAGGUUGGUGUGGUGCAGUUUGGGCCCUAUAAGCAGCUGUUCAUGCAGACGCUGUCCCGCGGGCGGACCUGUUUCCUGGGCCUGCCGUCCCUGCCCUGCCUGCGUGGUAACCCCCAGAGGAACUGGAAGGACUGCGGGGCCAAGCAGGGGUUGCCUGCAGUGGGCCUGCGUCUGUCGGACCUCAUUGCCCGUCUGCAGCAGUGCUACCAGCUCACAACUGCUGGUCGAUUUGAGGACGCUGUAGAACGGUUCCGGGCCAUCCUGCUAUCCGUGCCACUUCUGGUGGUCGACAACAAACAGGAGAUUGCAGAGGCUCAGCAGCUGAUCACGAUCUGCAGAGAAUACAUUGUUGGCCUCACCAUGGAAACCGAAAGGAAGAAGUUGCCUAAAGAAACGUUGGACCAACAGAAGAGAUUGUGUGAGAUGGCAGCUUACUUCACUCACUGCAGUCUCCAGCCAGUCCACAUGGUCUUGGUCUUACGCACAGCACUGAAUUUGUUCUUCAAACUCAAGAACUUCAAGACAGCUGCUGGUUUUGCUCGUCGCCUACUUGAACUGGGACCGAAACCAGAGGUGGCACAGCAGACCCGCAAGAUCUUGGCAGCAUGCGAGAAGACUCUGACAGACACCCACCAGCUGAACUACGACCCACACAAUCCAUUUGACCUGUGCGCUGCCUCCUACACUCCCCUGUACCGUGGACGCCCAGUAGAGAAAUGUCCCCUCUCAGGAGCCUGCUACUGCCCCCCUUACAAGGGCCAGGUCUGCAGAGUGACACAGGCGACCGAGAUUGGAAAGGAUGUGAUUGGUCUGCGUGUCAGCCCCCUGCAGUUCCGUUAGAGGACAUUCUUCCAGAAGGGGAGAAUGACAUCGAUCCAUCUUCACAUACACCCUAUUCUGUAUACAGUUUGUUUUUCCUCCUUGGGUUAGAGAACUUAACAUAAUGAGUGGUCGAUAGGGUUAUGUUAUAUCUUGAUGUAAAGCCUUUUCAUUUUCUGACUGCCUGCUUUACCUGUUCUGUCAUGCUGUACUUGACAGUGAUAUGUCAUCUCUGCUCCAAUGACUGAGAUGUGUGGUUAGAUUUGAACCGUAAUUGACAGCUCUUGCUUGAAUACACAGUAAAAUUAAUGUAAAAAAAUAUAUGCAAAAUGUGCAUCAAUGUGGUGUAACUCGUUAAAUAAAAUACGUUUUACUGAUA